CCGUCGCCAACCCUGGUGACCCCAACACCGGCCCCUGUGAUGCCGCCAACACCAACAUCGGUGACUCCGAUGCCAGCACCGACCCCCGUUUCUCCAACGCCAACUCCGGUGGCCCCAACACCGACUCCUAUGAUACCUCCAUCACCAACCCUUGUGACUCCGAUGCCAGCACCAACCCCUGUCUCUCCAACGCCAAUCCCGGUGGCCCCAACACCGACCCUCGUGAUGUCGCCAGCACCCACCCCUGUGACUCCGACGCCACCCCCAGCCCCGGCCCCAGCGCCGGCUACAUCGACCGGCAAGUGCCCCGUGGACACACUGAAGCUACUUGCGUGCGUGGACGUGCUCAAUGGGCUGUUGCACGCGGUGAUCGGCAGUAGCGCCAGGAAUACAUGCUGCCCGCUGCUGUCCGGCGUUGCCGACCUCGACGCUGCUCUCUGCCUUUGCACCACCAUCAAGGUCAAGGCCCUCAACAUCAACCUCAUGCUGCCCAUCGCCAUCGAGGUGCUCGUCAACCAGUGCGGCAAGAGAGUGCCGAAAGACUUCCACUGCCCUAAUUAAGCUCCAUAGAUUACUAUAUGUACUAUCAGUAUCACCUGCAUAUGAAUGUGAUACAUGCAUUAAAUUCUCUUGUGUGGUCACACAGGUGACAUAUCGAAGUGUAAUAAUCUAUAUGUACAUGGAUUUGCAGCUCUGACUCGCUACUUGUGACGGGGAGCUGUGGAGCAUGCGUACAUUGUGUUUGUGUAACAGCGUAUCCUAUAGUA